UGAUGUAGAAGUUAUAUACUGUAUUAGUCUUGCAUAUUUAAAUCCACUGUCAACUCUCUACUCUUUCAUGGUAACCCCUUGCAGCUGUCUCCUGCCCAGCUAACAGCCACUACGAGCUGUGUUCAGACACCUGUGGUACUAGCUGUGCCAGCCUGUUAGACUCCUUCACCUGCUCUGCUAGCUGCUUUGAGGGCUGCCAGUGCGACGUGGGCUUUGUCUCUGACGGCGACAAGUGUGUCUCCAUGGAUAUGUGCGGAUGCGUCUACGAAGGCCAGUAUCUGAGGGUUGGCCAAGUGGUGGUAACCAAAGGCUGUGACUCUAAGUGCGUAUGCCAGGCCUCAGGGCUGGUGAGGUAUGAGAAACGUAUCUGUGCCAGCGGAGAGGUCUGUGGGGUAAAGGAUGAGGUCAGAGGAUGCCAACUCAAACAGGGGCACUGCAUGGUCCACCCUGGUGCCCACUUCACCACCUUCGACUGCAUGAGGGGGGUCAUGGGGCUGGGGGCCUUUGAGGUGGCCUCUCUGUGUGACCAGACCUCUGCCCAGUGGUUCAGGGUGGUGGUGGACGUACGCGUCUGCAGUAACGGAGCCUAUCCCAAUGUGGCGACAGUCUACGUCUUCUUCAAGGAUGUCACCGUCACUGUCAACAGCCAGCACAACACCUGGGUGAAUGGAAAGAAUGUGUCCCUCACCAGCACUCCAGCCAAUCAGCUGUUUGUCAGCAUCGCCGACAGGACAGUGGUCAUCAAGAGGGUGUCUGGUGUGCGUGUCACCUACUCCAUCUCCCAGGAGUUCUUCAUUACUAUCGACUACCACCUGGCGUGCAAGGUGUGUGGCGCCUGCGGCAACUACAACGGUAUUGUCAAGGACGACAUGACAACAGCCGACAGGCAAUCCUCCACAGAUGUGACAGUGAUUGUUAGCUCCUGGAGGCUGGGGACUUCUCUAGCUGUGGCCUGUAAGAAUGCGGAUUCUCCAUCUACACACUCUAUCUGAACUCUACAAUUGACUAAUUUUGAAUAUUGCAUUUCCACUUGCUUAGAGCAAUAGUAACAACAAGAGUGUGAAGUCACUCAACUUUGGUUUAUCGUUUCUAUGUACAGUGAUUUGCAAAAGUGAAGGCUCAUAUUCAUUAGAAUACUUUUUUAUUUGUCUUUUUAAUCUUUUAAUCUUACUAUAAAAUAUACCCUUUCACCUACAUAUGAUCAUGCAAAUGUUAAAGUCUGAUAUUGUACAACUCAAAUUGCUUAUUUACAAAUAAAGU